AUGUCGUCUGGAAACAUUCUCACAACCCUGCGGGGCCUGGUAAUCAUCAUACCAUGGGCGUUGUGCCUGGUCCUCAUGGACCUGGUUUGCUCUCUGCUCCUCCCCUUGAGUUAUUUCUUCCCUGACGGAGUAUACAAUGCGUCUUCAUUCGUCGCUUUCACAAAUUGGAACUGGAUACAAUGUAUUUUCGAGGUGUUCAAUGGUGCGGUGAUCACCAUGUCCGGAGACAAAGUCCCUGAAGGAGAGUCUGCCAUUGUAAUUUCGAACCAUGUCAGCUGGACGGACUUCUAUAUGAUCCAAGCACUUGCCAUUCGCGCAGGCAUGCUUGGCCGCUGCCGCUGGUUUGCGAAGAUUGAGCUUCGCUGGGUGCCGUUGCUUGGAUGGGGUAUCUGGGCUAUGGGAAUGCCUAUGGUGAGCAGACAGUGGACGAAGGACAAAGAAGAGCUGGAUCGAGUUUUUGCAGGGAUUACUGUGCGGAAAUGGCCAACUUGGCUCAUCAGCUUCAGCGAAGCCACAAGAUACACUCCCCAAAAAGCAGAAGCAGCACGAGUAUGGUGCAAAGAGAACGACCGACCAAUCCCCAAACACCUCCUCUAUCCUCGCACAAAAGGCUUCGUGACGACAGUCCAGCAUCUCCGAAAGGCCAAACACAUCAAAGCCGUAUACGACAUGACUAUUGCUUACGAGCACAAUCAUAAAUUUCUGGAAGCGCCAACGAUAUGGGAGUCCCUUAGCUGUGGGGGACUGAGUGGAAAGAGAGGAUACAAAUUCCAUGUUCAUCUGAGGAGAUUUCCACUGGAAGAUCUACCCGAGAGUGAGGCGGAGCUCUCAAAGUGGCUGGAGACUAGAUGGGUUGAGAAGGGAGAGUGGUUAGAGGAGAAGAAAGAGGAAUGGGCAAGGAAUUGA